AUUAUAGACAGUCCCGAGGUACCCUUUUAAAAUUAUGGACAGUCCCGAGGUACCCCUUAAAAUUAUAGACAGUCCUGAGAUACCCUUUAAAAUUAUGGACAGUCCCAAGGUACCCCUUAAAAUUAUGGAUAGUCCUGAGGUACCCUUUAAAAUUAUGGACAGUCCUGAGGUUCCCCUUAAAAUUAUAGACAGUCCUGAGAUACCCUUUAAAAUUAUGGACAGUCCCAAGGUACCCCUUAAAAUUAUGGAUAGUCCUGAGGUACCCUUUAAAAUUAUGGACAGUCCCGAGGUACCCUUUAAAAUUAUGGACAGUCCCAGGGUACCCCUUAAAAUUAUAGACAGUCCUGAGAUACCCUUUAAAAUUAUGGACAGUCCCGAGGUACCCCUUAAAAUUAUGGACAGUCCCAAGGUACCCCUUAAAAUUAUAGACAGUCCUGAGAUACCCUUUAAAAUUAUGGACAGUCCUGAGGUACCCCUUAAAAUUAUGGACAGUCCCGAGGUACCCCUUAAAAUUAUGGACAGUCUUGAGACACCCCAUUCUAAAAUGUGA